UUGUUAAUGGUCGUUAAACCUAACCCUGCUUGUUUUUGUUCAAGCUAGCGCACCGCUAUGCUAACGCGUUAGCUUGCUAGUUGUAGCCUUUAAGAUUGGUUCAAAGGCAGUGGCUCAUUUUCUGAUGCCGCGAACGUGAUGCAGCUCGACUUUUACUGUUACUUGUAACAUUUCGGGCAGUAAAAUAUCUAUAAAACCGGAACAGCAGCCAUGUCCGACUUUAUCGACAGCGAGGCCGAGGAAUCAGAGGAGGAGUUUGAAGAGAGCGACCUUAAACCUAAGAAGACCCAGAGGUUCCUGGAGGAAGACGAUGAAGAAGAGGAUGCUGAGAACCCCGAGGAGCAGGAUGAGCACGGAAAUCUACGUGGACUAAUUGAUGAUGGAGAUGAUGUGGAGGAGGAGGAAGAAGAGGCUGGAAAAAGUGGAAGUGCUGGAGGAAGUGACUCCGAGGAGGAAGUGAAACAUCGUCGCAAAAAGCGCACUUAUGAUGACUGCCUGGAUGACGAUGAUCUUGACUUGAUUGAGGAAAAUCUUGGUGUAAAAGUGAAAAGAAGGAAGAAGAAAUAUGACCGUCUGAAGACACUGGACGACGACGACGACGAUGAUGAGAAAGAUUUAAUCGCAGAUGAGAUCUUUCACAUGGACGGUGAGGGGGAGCUGGAGGAAGGCGAGGCUGUUGACGAACCAAUUCAGCAAGCAGACGAGGAAGAAGAGGGCGAAGACGAGGAGUCAGAUAUCGAUGAUUUUAUUGUGGACGAUGACGGCCAGCCCAUCACCAAGAAGAGGUCAAAGAGGUUCUCAGGAUACACAGACGCAGCCCUCCAGGAGGCCCAGGAGAUUUUUGGUGGAGACUUUGACUUCGCUGACUUUGACGCUGACACGUAUGACCAGGGCGAAGAGGAAGAGGAGGAUCAAGACGAAGAGGGCUGGGACCGACCCAAGAAACAGACCAAGAGGAGGCAGGGGAGGAAGAGCAUCUUUGAGCUCUAUGAGCCCAGCGAGCUUGAAAGCAGCCACAUGACCGACCAGGACAACGAGAUCCGGUCCACCGACAUGCCUGAGAGGUUCCAGCUGCGAUCAAUACCUGUUAAACCCGCUGAGGAUGAUGAGUUGGAAGAAGAAGCAGAAUGGAUCUUCAGACACGGCUUCUCCACUCUUACCAUCUCCAUGCAGGAAAGCACCGACUAUCUUGAUAGAGGAACGACAACAAACUUCAGCAGGAAAGGGCCCAGCACCAUCGCCAAAAUCAAGGAGGCCCUGAACUUCAUGAGAAAUCAACAGUUUGAGGUUCCGUUCAUAGCUUUCUACAGAAAGGAAUAUGUGGAGCCAGAGCUGAAUAUCAAUGACCUGUGGAAGGUGUGGCAGUGGGAUGAAAAGUGGACUCAGUUGAAGACCCGUAAGCAGAACCUGACCCGCCUCUUCCAGAAGAUGCAGGCCUUCCAGUUUGAGCAGAUAUCCGCGGACCCUGACAAGCCGUUGGCUGAUGGCAUUCGUCCUCUGGACACAGCUGACAUGGAGAGGCUGAAGGAUGUGCAGACUCUUGAAGAGCUGAGCGACGUAUACAAUCACUUCUUGCUCUACUAUGGCCGAGACAUCCCCAAGAUGCAGAACUCUGCAAAAUCCAAGAAGAAGAAGCUCAAGAAAAUCAAAGAAGUCUCAGAAGAUGGAGAGGAGGAGGAGUUUGAGGUUGAAGAGGAAGAGGAGCAGAAAGGACCUGACCUUAAGCUGGCAUCUCGUAGGGAUAUGUACAGCAUCUGUCAAAGUGUUGGGCUCGAUGGCCUGGCUAAAAAGUUUGGAUUGACUCCAGAACAAUUCGGAGAGAAUCUGAGAGACAGUUACCAACGUCACGAGACGGAGCAAUUCCCCGCCGAGCCGUUGGAGCUGGCCAAAGAUUACAUCUGCAGUCAGUUCCCGACUCCGGAGGCGGUGCUGGAAGGAACCAGGUAUAUGGUGGCCAUGCAGAUUGCUCGGGAGCCCCUGGUCCGGCACGUUCUCCGUCAGACCUUCCAGGAGAGGGCCAAGAUCAACAUCAAACCGACAAAGAAGGGCAAAAAGGAGGUAGACGAGGCUCAUUUUGGCUAUUCCUUUAAGUAUCUCAAGAAUAAGCCUGUAAAAGAGCUGAAUGGAGAUCAGUUCUUGAAGAUGUGCCUGGCAGAGGAGGAGGGGCUUCUUUCCAUUGAAAUCUGCAUUGAUCUAAUAGGUGUCAAAGGGUAUGCUGGCGACCAGACGUACUUUGAUGAGAUCAAGCAGUUUUACUACAGGGACGAGUUCAGCCACCAGGUGCAGGAGUGGAACAGGCAGCGGACGUUGGCCAUAGAAAGAGCUCUCAAUCAGUUCCUCUACCCUCAGAUGGCCAAGGAGCUCAAGAGCAAACUGGUCACUGAGGCCAAAGAGAGCAUCGUAAAGUCCUGCUGCCGCCGGUUGUACAACUGGCUGAAGGUGGCUCCUUACAGGCCCGACCAGCAGGUGGAGGAAGAUGAUGACCUGAUGGAUGAGAGCCAGGGGAAAGGCAUCCGCGUGUUGGGUGUGGCCUAUGCUCCCAGCAGAGAUACACCGGUUUUCUGUGCUUUGAUCAACGGGGAUGGAGAGGUGGUGGACUUCCUUCGUUUGCCUUACUUCAUGAAGAGGAGGAACGCCUUCAGGGAGGACGAGAGAGAGAAGAAGGCUCAUGACGUAGAAAAUCUCAAGAGGUUUCUUUCCAGCAAGAAGCCGCAUGUGGUUGCUGUUGCUGGGGAAAAUCGAGACGCUCAGAUGAUCAUGGAGGACAUAAAGAGGACCAUCAGCGAGCUUGAGCAGGAGUCCUCUCUGCCGGCUGUGGGGGUGGAGCUGAUAGACAAUGAACUGGCCACGCUGUACAUGAACAGCAAGAAGUCAGAGAAUGAUUUCAGGGAUUACCCUCCCUUGCUGCGGCAAGCUGUCUCAGUAGCCAGGAAGAUCCAGGAUCCGCUGAUAGAGUACGCUCAGGUCUGCAGCACCGAUGAAGACAUCCUCUGCCUCAAGUUACACCCGCUGCAGGAACACGUGGUGAAGGAGGAUUUGCUCAACGCCCUUUACUGCGAAUUCAUCAACCGGGUCAACGAGGUCGGCGUAGACGUGAACCGAGCAAUUGCCCACCCCCACACUCAGAGCCUGGUGCAGUAUGUCUGUGGCCUGGGGCCAAGGAAGGGCGCCCACCUCCUCAAGAUUUUAAAGCAGAACAACACUCGUCUGGAAAACAGAACGCAGCUGGUCACCAUGUGCCACAUGGGACCCAAAGUCUUCAUCAACUGCGCCGGUUUCAUCAAGAUUGACACUGCGUCACUCGGGGACAGUACGGACUCCUACAUAGAGGUCCUGGACGGCUCUCGUGUCCACCCUGAGACGUACGAGUGGGCUCGCAAGAUGGCUGUCGAUGCCCUCGAGUAUGACGAGUCUGCAGAAGACGCAAACCCAGCUGGAGCGCUGGAGGAGAUCUUGGAAAAUCCAGAGCGCCUUAAGGAUCUGGACCUGGAUGCCUUCGCUGAGGAGCUGGAGAGACAGGGUUACGGCAACAAGGGGAUUACGCUUUAUGACAUCCGGGCAGAGCUGAGCUGCAGGUACAAAGACCUCAGAGUUGCCUACAGAGUUCCCAACACAGAGGAGGUCUUCAAUCUGCUCACCAAGGAAACCCCAGAGACCUUUUAUAUUGGGAAGCUAAUAACCAGCAUAGUGACGGGUAUCGCUCACCGGCGGCCUCAGGGAGAGAGCUACGACCAAGCCAUUCGUAAUGACGCUACAGGCCUGUGGCAGUGUCCCUUCUGCCAGCAGGACAACUUCCCUGAGCUGAGUGAGGUGUGGAAUCACUUCGACAGCGGCUCUUGUCCAGGUCAGGCCAUCGGGGUCCGGAGCAGAUUAGAUAACGGCGUCCAAGGUUUCAUUCCCACCAAGUUUCUGAGCGACAAAGUGGUCAAACACCCCGAGGAGAGGGUCAAGGUGGGCAUGACGGUUCACUGCAGAAUCAUGAAGAUCGACAUUGAGAAGUUCAGCGUCGACCUCACCUGCCGCACCUCAGAUCUGAUGGACAAGAACAACGAGUGGAAGCUUCCUAAGGACAGCUACUACGACUUCGACACCGAGGCCGAGGACCAGAAACUGGAGGAAGAGCUCAAAAAGAAACAGCAACGCACGCCGUAUAUAAAGCGUGUGAUCGCCCACCCCAACUUCCACAACAUCAGUUUUAGCCAGGCGGAGAAGAUGAUGGAGACCCUGGACCAGGGAGAUCUGAUCAUCAGGCCCAGCAGCAAGGGGGAGAACCACCUAACCGUCACCUGGAAAGUGGCUGACGGCAUCUACCAGCAUGUGGACGUCAGAGAAGAGGGCAAGGAGAACGCUUUCAGUCUGGGCCACACGCUCUGGAUCAAUAACGAAGAAUUCGAAGAUCUAGAUGAGAUAACGGCUCGGUACAUUCAGCCAAUGGCCUCGUUUGCCCGGGAUCUGCUGGGACACAAAUACUUCCAGGAUUGCAACGGAGGAAGCAAGGAGAAAAUGGAGGAGCUGUUGGUCCGGUCAAAGCGAGAGAAGCCUACUUUCAUUCCUUACUUUAUUUCAGCUUGUAAAGACCUGCCUGGAAAGUUUAUUUUGGGCUACCAGCCUCGAGGAAAACCUCGGAUUGAAUAUGUGACCAUCACCCCGGAUGGCUUCCGCUACCGUUCUCAGAUAUUUCCUACAGUGAAUGGACUCUUCCGAUGGUUUAAGGACCAUUAUCAGGAGCCUGUGCCAGGCAUUACUCCCACCAACAGCAGCAGAACUAGAACCCCUGCGUCCCUAAAUGCCACUCCAGCCAAUAUUAACAUUGCAGACUUGACUCGAGCCGUGAACGCCCUGCCACGAAACAUGACCUCCCAGAUGUUCAACGCCAUCGCCGCGGUGACGGGCCAGGGCCAGAACCCCAACGCCACGCCGGCCCAGUGGGGCUCCAGCCAGUACGGCUACGGCGGCAGCACGGGAGGCGGGGGAGGGAGCUCAUCUGCUUAUCACGUGUUCGCCACGCCGCAGCAGCCCAUGGCGACGCCCCUGAUGACGCCCAGCUACUCCUACACGACGCCGAGCCAGCAGCCCCUGGGCACGCCGCAGUACCCGGGCUCCACGCCGCAGUCCUCCCACGUGCACGCCCACCCGCACCUGCCGCCUCCCAGCCACCACGGCCCUCCCAGCGGUCACCACGGCCACGCCUCCAGCACGCCGUCGUCCUCCACCUCGUCCCGCGGACGGACACCGCAGCAGCAGCAGCCGCCGCCACAGCCAAAGCCGAGCAGCAGCGGCGCCUCCUCCUCAGCAGUCGACUGGGGCAAGAUGGCCGAGCAGUGGCUGAAGGAGAAAGAAGCAGAGGACAGGAAGAAAUCCCAGAGGAUGACUCCCCGACCGUCGCCCAGCCCAAUGAUCGAGAGCACGCCCAUGUCGCUCGCCGGCGACGCCACGCCCCUGCUGGACGAAAUGGACCGAUAGGACACAGAGGGGGGCGUCGUUCCACUCCACCCCCUCAAACCCUACUUCAUCCUUUCUGCUGCCUCACUCGGAUAACCUUCUCCCCCCUUUUUACCCCCCCCCCCCCCACCUUCACAAACCAGUCAUCAACUGAUGCCCAUUCAUGCAUUUCCACGCAGUCAGUAUGGCAUCAACAUUCAUUUCAUCCUCCUUCCUUUCUCCCGUCACCUCACCCCAGGUGUUUAUGGCCUCUCCCGCCAAUCCCCUCUGGCUUCCGAAGCGUUUUGCAUGUCAUGCAGAAAAGUAGUACAAAGAUUUAAAGAAAAACGAAAUAAAAUACUUGAAGUAUCAGUUACAUAUGGGACAUGGACCUACGACAGACACUGACAGGCGAGCUGUCCUAUCUUUUGUUUUGCGGUGGCUUUAAGUUUGAUCCUUGAGCGGGUUUUUGGCAGAAGGGAGCGGUCGACACGGGGAGUUUUGAAAGCAGUUGCCAAAACAACGCUUUGCCGAGCCAAUAAGGAAAUUUAACAUUUGUACGGAAAGUGCGACAGUAUGAAUAAAGACUUCUUGUUUUUUUGGGUUUUUUUCCUGUUUGAACUGAAAGACUCUGCUGGUCACCUUUCUCUAAAUAAACACACAUAUGUACAGACUCACAGCGAGUUAACAGAGGGGGGGGUCUAAAUCCAUUAAAGAUGAGCUAAUGCUAUCUGUGCAUUGAUCAGCCGACGUGUUUCGGUUCCUGUAGAAAUCCUUCGACGCGUCGUAGGCUGUGGACACGAGCAACGUGCUGCUUCGGAAACGGUGGCUCUCUCUUCCAGUAACGUCGUCAGAAAACUCUGGGAGACGUUUGACAAACUUCCAAUUAUGUCAGUUUCUAAGUUUCUCACACAUAGUAAAAGUGUCUGCCGCUCCGCAGUUGUUCCGCUGGAGUUUACGGGGUCACCUGGGUUACGUUCACCAUCUUGUGAGGCGUUAUAUCACACACACCACUCGCUAACGCAGCAUGGAUGGGUUUUCCACAUCUGCAGCAGGGAAAUUACAAUGUUUCGGUGGAAGAGUUCGUUUUCCUAACCCUUAUCGGAAGAAGAUCCUAUCAGACCGAUUCCUACCUGCUGCGUUCAUAUUCCCAGCGCUGUAAGAGUCAGAACUGCACGCAUUUAUUUCAGUAGAAUGAAUAUAUUAAAGAUAAAUUUUGUGAUCGUGGUCUCGGCAUCUCGAGGCCGCUCCGCUUUCCCCGUUGACUCGUGCAUUCACUUUUUUUUCUUUUUGUUGAUGUGUCCGUGUCCCACAGUACAAACAAGCAGCACUCGUCUGUAAUGGUGUGCUUAAGCCUGCAAUGUGCAAAAGUAUCAUUGUUCCAUGAAAUGCAUAUCCUCUUAAAAUAAUAUUGUUUUUAAGUAAACAGACCCGGUUUUGAGUUCACCUGAACGUGUUUCUGCGGGACUGAAUGGUUGUCAGCAGUAGUCGGUUAUGAUAGAGAAAUGUCGUCUUUGACUCUGCUGAUGACCUUUUCUACCUGUGAUCUCUUUAAUAAAAGUGUUCUUAGUAAA